GAUGAAAUUCGCAUCGGUGUUGCUGUUGGGUCUUGUCGUAUUCUCCAAUCAAGAGUUUUUUCAGCAACCAACAAACGAAAGGUUGCUUUGGUUGUUGUCUCAUUACCCACCACGGCCCGCAUUUCAUAACUACAAUUACCAACCUGUUAACAAUUACGAUAUCGAAGAUGGCAGGACGGACGCAUUUCUGAAACAUUGGUCACAUCCGCCAGCAAUUGCGACCUAUUCACAGGAUAAACAACCGUAUCUGAAUGCCAUUGAAAAUGCGAACAACGUGGACGAAGAUCAAUUUCCAGACGUCCAACUGCGAGGCAAAUUGGGCGUGAGCCGUUAUCGGCCCUCGUUUUUGCAACAGCUGAAACCGCAAUACCAUCCGCGCAUCGUCAUCAACUUGGCCAGUCGAACUAAUCUUCUUAACAAAGUGAAAACGGUUACAUUCACGUUCACCUCGUCUGUCACGUUCACCAGCGUGCAAUCGUGCAUUCCGAGUACAGAGUUUUCUCCCGGUUCGGCCGGCGUGAAUUGUCGCAAGCGACGCGAAGUUUUAGAAUCCUCACAUUCUCAAUUAGAACCGAGUCAGUUUGCCAUCGCUCCAUCAGGGGUCCAACCAGUGGAGCACACUGCUCUACCGUCGCAAGAUCCAACGGCAGAAAACGGACCGUUUGCAAACGAUCCGGCUGUUAAUCACGGCAUUGUUUCUUCGAAAGAUGAAGGAGUUGUGGACGAAUCGUCGAACGUUACACUGACGCCGGUGGGUCGUAUAAGAGAUAAGCGAUUUUUUUUCCAUCUUGUGACGACGACAACAGCCAUCAGUUACACGUUCUUGUCGACGACAGUCACGAAAACGGUUAACUUGUUGAGCCAAAUAGAUCCUCUGAUGGGACAGCUAGUUUGUGUUCCGCAAGGUUACUCUGUCUGUCCUUAUAUCGGUACAGUGUUUCCGGGCUAAGUUCAUCGAGUUUUCCAAAUAAUAUUAUCUUCUAUCUGAUAUUAUUUUGGGGAGGCAUCCAAGUUCUGUUUUUCAUCGUUGUUUGACGUUCAAUCUGAUAUUCACCUUCGUGCAGCUGUAUCCUUCGAUCUGAAUUCUUUGCAAUCAAGUACUUGGUUAAACGUAUCCGAUAAAAGGAACACAAAUAUGCUAUUUAAAAAAACUAAUAUUCCAAUCCA